AUAUAAUGGGCCGUAGGAAAUUAAAAUUAGAUAAACAGAUGCCUAUAAAACUGGCAAUCAGCAAGAUUAUGAGAUUUUAUUUUGCGAUACAAUCGACACGCAGACGUUUCAUAAACAGUUAUCAGUUAAAGAAGUAAAGCUCAAACAACUCUGUGGCACAUUGGUUUGAAAAUGCUGUUCAUAGCGAUUUUCAGUAUUGCUGCAACAAUAUCAUUUAACUGCGAAGCAUUCCUGCUGGGUAAUAGCUGCCUAGCACCGGCACCGUGUACAUGUUCAGGGUCUGGAUCAUCGUAUGCGUAUAUCAGCUGCGACCGCAAAAGUCUCAAUACAAUACCACACUUCUUCAAGGCUGACAAACAUGUGUCGACAUUAUAUGUCCAGUUGAUUAGCAACCAUUUGACCACAAUUCCAAAUUAUGCUUUCAAGAACCUGAGCACUGUUAACGCUACAUCUAUCCGAAUUAAACUCCUGUCCAACGAGAUAUCAACCAUCGACAGAUAUGCUUUCAGUGGCAUUGAAAAUGUUACUUAUGCACUCGAUCUACAAAAUAACAAUUUAUCUAGUAUACCGAUGGCUGUAUAUAACCUCCCUGCCCUCGCAAACUUGUACAUGAAGGGCAAUCCUCUAAACUCUCUGGAUGUAUUCACUCAGUCAAAAAUUACUAAUACCCUUAAAAGGUUGAAUUUUGAUUUAAAUGAGUUUUCUACUUGGCCUAAUGAGCUAAGAUUAUUACACAACUUGAAGUCUUUAGUUGUUUCCAACAUAAACUUCACACAUCUUUCUUCCGAAGCAUUCCAAGGCUUUGAACAUUCACUCACAAUGCUUGACAUGCAGUACGCGGCCAAUUUUGAAACGAUUCCAGACGCCGUAUGUCAUCUCUCAAACUUACAGUCCUUAUCUUUACAAUUUUUCACUGGACUAAACGAAAAUAGCACUUCAAUUUUCGAUCAUUGUACUAAAACAUUAAACAAAGUCAACUAUUUAGAUAUGGGGUACAAUAAGCUCACAAAAUUUCCUGAUGUAUUUCAUAUUUUUCCUUCCUUAACUAGUCUGCAUCUUUAUCAAAAUGCUCUUGAAAUUUUGGAAUCUGAAAAGAUUCCGACAAAUAAUGUCUUGUCUGAUAUAAAUCUUAGUGGCAAUAGAUUUAAAAGAAUCCCUGAUGCAUUAAACAAGUUGCAAGGUCUUACAAGUCUUGAUUUGUCAUACAAUGACAUUUCUUCUGUUGAAGAUCAUGAUCUAAUCGGGUUGGUCCAUCUUGGUAGACUUUAUUUACGAUACAAUCCUGUCAAGUAUAUCUCGACUCAUGCCUUUAAAAAUAACAAUGCACUCACAACAGUAUAUCUGUCUGGAACAAGCCUCAAAAGCAUCCCUGCUGCAGUAAUGUCUUUGAAAAAUUUGUCUUAUUUUGAUUUUAGGACAACAGAUCCUAUUCCAUGUACAUGUGAAAUGUCCUAUUUGAAAGGUUGGAAUGCAACAGCUGUUCGGAAUUUUUAUGGAGAAUGUGCUUACUUCGGGGUUAAAAUCCAAAGUUUCAUCAUGUCCUCGUUACAGCAGUGUCCAUAAUGUAUUCUACUUCAGUCAACUUUUACAUUUGUAAACGCACACGUGAUUAAUUAAUGAACAUUUAAAUGAAUCGGGAAAAAAUGUGCAUUGUUUUCAAUGUUUUAU